UAAUGCGGUAGUGACGAUGAUCAACAAUCUUAGGUAGAUUAGAAGAAAUUUAUUUCAAGAAAAUAACUGAACUGAUUAAAUCAUGUUCGGAAAGUUUUUAGUAUAUUUUUGACAAAAGUCAGCUAUUUUCUUGGAAUAAAUCUUCUUCGAUUGAAAUCAGUUCAAGUCCAACAUAACCUGUGUGUAAAAAGGUUUUUGCACAAAAUGUUCGUUCACUUUUUGACCGCUUGAAAAUAACUAGUGAAGAUCAAAAGUAGUUAGUAGGAAUCGAAAUUUUGUGCUCUUUCAGAAUAUAUACUUGGAAAUUUUUUCUAACCUAACGAGGGAACAUUCCCAAGUGAUACUCACCGUUUCAGCUCAUAUUGUGCCCACAAGUAGAUCUCGGUAUGACUAGAGAAAGUCUAAAAGGGUUCGUGCCAUUGAACCUUUGGAACCGAGUUAUGCCUAAUUUACUGAAUUUUCGACCCUUUUUAAGGUACUGACCGAAACAUCAAAUAAGGAAGUUUCCAUCUGAAAUUUCUACCAUAGAUAGGUAUACUUACACCUAGAAUAUCCUGAAAGUUUCAGUCGAAUAGAAGGUUCCUGUGUUGAGUUAUUGAAUUUUCAAUUAAACUCGACUUUUGUGAAAUAUCUGUGGCAAAUGACUAUUUUUUUGGAAAUCCAAUAUCUCCACACAGGAACAUUCUAUUCGGCUGAAACUUUCAGGAUAUUCUAGGUGUAAGUAUAUCUAUCUAUGGUAGAAAUUUCAGAUGAAAACUUCGUUAUUUGAUUUUUCGGUCAGUAUCUUAAAAAGGGUCGAAAAUUCAGUAAAUUAGGCAUAACUCGGCUCCAAAGGCGCAAUGGAACGAACCCUUUUAGACUUUCUCUAGUCUUACCGAGAUCUGCUUGUGGGCACAAUAUGAGCUAAAACGAUGAGUAUCACUUGAGAAUGUUUCCUCGUAAGAUUGAUUCACUCAGAGCAAAUACUUGAAUUAGACGAAAAUGUAGUUUGUACAAAAUCCUAUUUCUGCUAAUUUUGUAUUUUGAUUAAAGCUUAGUUAAUUGAACACAUAAAACGUCUGUUCAUAUGGUAAUUUGUAGAGAAAAAUUUUCUCUACAAAAUGCAUCUCUAUUCAUCUUUUUAUAGAUCUCCAAGUUGGCUCAAAAUCGCCUACAUUUGAACAGGCGAAUUUCCAAAAUUCGAUUUUUUCACAAAAAUUGUUUUACGUGGAAAGUAGCACUUAGGAAAACAUCUGUAACUUUUGAUAGUUUUUAGUUCUUCUCUAUUAUAAUACCCAGUUUUAUGCAGGAUUGAAUGCUCUACAAAAACGCCUAAUUCAAAUCGCGCUUAAGUAUAAUCUGGAAAAGUAGCGGAUUGCGAAAAAAAACGUAUUUUGCUUUGUAAAGAUAAUUAUUUCGCUUCCUUCAAGCAUUUUCUCACAGUAAAUCAGCCUUAGGUUAAAAAAAACUUGCCAAGUAUAGAUUCUGAUAGAGCACAAAAUUCUGAUUCCAACUAAGUACUUUUGGCUUUCACUAGCUGUUUUCAAGUGGUCAAAAAGCGAACGAACAUUUUAUGCAAAGACUUUUUACAAGCAGGUUAGUUUUAUAAUGUGUUCACCGCUAGUCUAUUCGUACAUGUUUAAACGAAUUGAAAGCUUUUAUGUAAGACUCUUGUAUCUACAAUUUAUUCCUAGUGAAUAUUCUGAAUGUCAAGUGUUCCGUGUACUGAUUUAGUUGUCAUCAGGAUACCUUUUCGACAAUCCUUCUAUUAACAAUAUGUUUAUGAAAAAAUUUUCAAAUUAGUUUAAACUAAUAUGUAAAAUUAUUACUUCUUUUUUAGCCGGAUUUAAAAUGUCGGUAUUCUAGUUCAUGUAUUAUUAAUGUAAAUACACGUCGUCAAUGUACAUAUUGUCGAUUAAAAAAAUGUUUUGAUAUUAAAAUGCGUAAAGAUUGGAUUCGUACUGAAGAAGAAAAACAAUUAAGACAAUUAAUAAAAUUAACAAAAGAACAAAAGAAAAUAAAUGAUCUAUCGAAUGAUCAACAAUCUCUUAUUAAUUUUUCACAAGUUCUACGAAAGAAAAAACGUUUAAUAAUAAAAUCAACAAAUCAAGAAUUUGUACCUAAACUGAUCUUUACACAAACAAUUUUUGGUUUUAAUCAUAAUCUAUCUAAUGAAGAUCAAAUUCUACUAAAUAAUAUUACAAAUGCUUAUCAAAUAGGAGCUAAUCAUAUUGAUAUUUGUUGCUUAAAUAAAUAUACAUCAUCACCAUCUUUAAUAGAAUUUUUUAAUGAAGAAAGUAUAAUACAUCAAUCAUUAAUUUAUUUUUAUAAAUAUAUACCUGAAUUUAAACAAUUACAUAUGGAUGAUCAAGUUUUAUUAAUUAAAUGUAAUCUUAUUACAAUAAUUCAUUUACAUUAUAUUCUCAUAGAAAAAUUUCAAGAAAGACCAUUUAUUGGUUUAUAUAUGUCAAAAUGGAUAAAUGAAGAUUUUCAUUAUGAAAUGUCUCGAACACGUCGAUAUUUUAAUCGUUUUAUAGAACAUCCAUUGAUUAUAAAACUUGCACUUAUUGUUCUUUUAUUUAGUAUUAAUUUAUCUCCACCACGUGGUACUAAUCAAUUUAAUGUUUAUAUCAAUAAAAUAGAUAUAUAUAGAAUACAUGAGUUUUAUACAAUAGUACUUUGGCGUUAUUUAAUUUAUUUAUUUGGAGAACGAGAAGCAAUAAAAUCAAUAGAAAUAAUAAUUACACAAAUUUUACGUUUUCAAAAUUUAAUUAAUAUAAUGGAAGAAACUGUAAGAAAAACAACAGAUUAUAAUACAUUUAAUCAAUUGAUGUUUUCUUUAUUUCAAUUAACAUGA